CCGGAAACCUAUCAAAUGCUGCAGAAGACUUGUCGUGAUUUUGCCGAUGCCGAAUUGGUGCCAGUUGCCGGUAAAAUUGAUAGGGAACGUUUGUAUCCCGAAGAGCAGAUUAAAAAAAUGGGUGAAUUGGGUGUUAUGUCCGUUGCCGUGCCAGAGGAAUUUGGUGGUCCCGGCUUAGAUUAUCUAGCAUAUGCCAUUGCUAUGGAAGAAAUUUCAAGAGGUUCCGCCUCUGCUGGUGUUAUUAUGGCGGUAAAUAAUCUUUAUUUGGGUUCGGUUAUGGCCUUUGGCAGCAACGAACAAAAACACAAAUAUGUUACACCCUAUACAACGGGUGAGAAGAUCGCCUGCUUUCAAUUAUCCGAGCCCGGUAAUGGUUCAGAUGCUGGAGCAGCUACAACCACUGCCGUUGACAAGGGUGAUCAUUAUGUGCUGAAUGGUACUAAAGCUUGGAUUACUAAUGCCUAUCAGGCUUCUGUGGCUGUGGUAUUUGCCACCACCGAUAAGUCACUCAAACAUAAAGGCAUUACAGCCUUCUUUGUACCAAUGGAUAGCGCGGGUAUUGCCCGUGGAAAGAAGGAGGAUAAAAUGGGUAUGGGUGGUUCAUCGACAAGUCAGGUGAUUUUUGAAGAUGUCAUUGUGCCGAAAGAGAAUAUAUUGGGUGGUUUAGGUUCCGGCUUUAAAAUUGCCAUGAAAUGUUUAGAUGGUGGACGUAUUGGUAUUGCGGGACAAUCUUUGGGUAUUGCUCAAGCCGCUUUGGAAUUAGCUGUGGACUAUUCGCAAAAGAGAAUUGCCUUUGGUAAACCCAUCUCAAAAUUGCAAGCUAUACAACAAAAAAUUGCCGAUAUGGCUUUGCGGGUGGAAUCGGCUCGUUUGCUGACAUGGCGUGCGGCUUGGUUAAAGGAUAACGGUAAACCAUAUACCAAAGAAGCUUCGAUGGCUAAAUUAGCUGCAUCGGAGACGGCCACCUAUUGUAGUCAUCAGUGUAUUCAGGUUUUGGGCGGCAUGGGUUAUGUAAGCGAUAUGCCAGCUGAACGUUAUUAUCGUGAUGCGCGUGUCACCGAAAUCUAUGAGGGUACAUCGGAAAUUCAGCGUUUGGUUAUUGCCGGGCAAAUUUUAAAGGAAUAUGCGGCAUAAAAAAGGAUGCGUGUUAUUGGG